GCUUGCAGCACGCUCAUAAUGUCUAAAAUACUUAUACAGUGCUUAUUUUUAGUAGUGUGGUUUGUGAAUCUUGACUGCCAAAGUUUCCAAGAUAGACCGAAAAUCAUAACGUCAAAUGGCAAUAUCAUACUCGAACCAGCAUUAAACAAAAACAUAUACUUGCGCCUCAAUGGACCUAAAUCUGCAAUAUUUGCCAAAGAUGUCAACUUACUGGAUAUUUCUAGAAACAGUGAACCUUCCCAAAUAUCUUCGACUAAUGUUGAUACAUAUAUCAAUGGAAUAAGUGACAUUCAUCGCCGAUUAGACAUUCUAGAAAAACAAAGCUCCGGGCUCCCACAAAGUUUGUGGUUCAACGAAACUUUACUAACGAGAAGAGUAAAUAGGCUACACACUCGAGUUAUAGCACUAGCAAGUCAAAUCAGGCGAAUAACAAGAGACGAUUGUCAAUUGAACCCGUGUAAAAAAGGUGGUACUUGUCUGAACUUGGCAGAUGGCUAUCAUUGUCUGUGCCCAUCGAACUGGGAAGGCCAGGACUGCGACGUCGACGUAAACGAAUGCAGAAACUUUGCUGGGACAGACUUGGGCUGUCAAAAUGGAGCUACUUGCAUCAACAAACCUGGCACCUACCAAUGUCUUUGCAGCCCCGGUUGGUAUGGCUUGCAUUGUACAAGACGUGAAAACGACUGCUCUCAAGGAAAUUACGAAAUGUGUGGCUUCGGCACUUGCGUCACUACCAACAGUGGAAAGGGCUUCCAAUGCAUCUGUAACCAAGGCUGGGAAACUAACGGAACUGGUGUUGCUUGCUUGACGGACGUCAAUGAAUGUGAUGCUAGCCGAGGUCAUCGUUGUUCAGUGAACCCCAAAGUAGACUGUAUUAAUUUACCUGGAUCGUUUAGAUGCGGACAAUGCCCUGCAGGCUAUGAGGGAGAUGGAUUUACAUGUAGUGAUAUUAACGAGUGUUUGACGAUUCCAAACGGCGGCUGCAGUCCUCUAGUAACCUGCCACAAUACUAUCGGAUCCCGAAUCUGUGGCUCCUGUCCUCCUGGUUAUCAAGGUGACGGAAUAACUUGCACUUGGAGAGGAACUUGUAACAUUAACCAUGGUGGAUGUCACCCAUCGGCGCAGUGCGUGGAGAAUAUGGCAAUAGUGCAGUGUAUUUGCCCAUACGGCAUGGAAGGUGAUGGAAUAGGGUUACACGGCUGUUACAUUUCAACUGACGGGAAUACCACACAGCGCUGUGAAAAUAAUCCAUGCGGUGUUCAUGGUCGGUGCCAUCCACUUUUGACAGGCUAUACUUGCUUGUGCUACGAAGGAUACAGCGGUGCCCAUUGUGACGUCACUGCAGAUUACUGUGCUCACAAUCCCUGUGAAAACGGUGGAACGUGCAAACCAGACGUAAGUUCAACAGGUGGAUUUAGAUGCGAAUGUACAGCUCAGUUUACGGGUACCUUGUGCCAGAUCAAAAAGAGAACUUGUGGAGGAUACUUGGACGCUGAAGAAGGUAGUAUUGUAUAUCCCCUUACUAAUACUUCAUACGAUCAAAACGAAAGGUGUGCUUGGGUAAUACAUACUAAUCCUAACAAAGUUAUUAAUGUUACAUUUAGUAAAUUCCAUUUGGAAAAGGAACCCGAGUGCAUGUAUGAUUUUCUUCAAAUACAUGACGGCAGAACAUCAUCUAGUCACCUCAUUGGAAGAUUUUGUGGUACUGAUUUUCCAAUGGGUGGUAACAUUGUAUCUAGUCAUAAUUAUUUAUAUUUUUGGUUUCGUUCUGAUUCCACAGUUAAUGGGCCGGGAUUUUCAUUACAUUGGAAUAGUGUAGAACCCCUAUGUGGAGGAACGGUAAAUGCGAGUACUCAUGGUGUUAUAUCUUCUCCAGGGUCACCUGGAAAAUAUCCACCUAAUCGAGAUUGCUACUGGCAUUUGACCACAACAUUAGGCAAAAGAAUUGCUUUACAUUUUUUCACUUUAGACAUAGAAACUCAUCCCAAUUGUAGUUAUGAUUUUAUCGCAAUUUAUGACGGAGAACUUGUAACUGAUCCAUUAAUUAAUAAAUACUGCAACUCAACUCAACCUCAGCCAAUACAAUCAGCUAGUUCUGAAAUACUUAUUCACUUCCACUCUGAUUCAUAUGGAGCUGGCACUGGGUUUCAAAUAUCAUAUGCUCCCGUAGAAGGUAUUCCUGGUUGUGGAGGAUAUUUCACUCUUGAUAGAGGUGAAAUUGUUUCCCCAUCAUUUGAUGGUCAGUACUUAAAUAACCUGAGAUGUGAGUAUAGAAUAAAUACCGGUCCCGAUACUAAAAUUCGCCUAGAAUUCAAGUCCUUCAAUUUAGAACGUUCAAAUAGAUGCAAAUUUGACUAUCUCAAGAUUUACGACGGUCCUUCAACAGAAUCAAAACUUGUAGGUAAGUUUUGUGGUGCUACUUAUCCGAAGACGUUUGUAUCAUCAUCCAACAAUCUCUUUUUUAUCUUUAAGUCAGACCGCAAUGUAGCUUCAGAUGGUUUUAAGAUAACCUUUGAAACUUUUUGUCAGAUAACCAUAUUUGGAGACAGUGGUGUCAUUAAAUCACCAGGGUACCCUUUCAGCUAUCCAACAAACAAAAAGUGUGAAUAUAUUAUAGGCACAGUGCCUGGAAAAGCUAUACAACUAGCCUUUCAAGAUUUUGAUAUUGAGGACAAUAAUUAUUACAAUUGUCGAUAUGAUAAUGUUGAGAUAAGAGACGGUCCUGAUAUAAACUCAACUCUGUUAGGUAGAUUUUGCGGUGGUUCCGAACACAUGCCUCCAGUUCAAACAUCCACGCACAAUUACUUAAAUGUACGUUUUAAUUCUGAUAUGAGCAUUUCUGGAACAGGUUUCUAUGCUAAUUACACAACAAUUGACACAGAAUGCGGUGGAAUUUACAGAGAGCCUACUGGGCUCAUAAGUCACCCCUCUGCAGGCAGUUUAACGUAUAAAAAUGGUCAAUCUUGCUCUUGGAUGUUGAUAGCUCCUGAAGGAAUGCAUAUAAAGUUAGUUUGGAAUCAUUUUGAUAUUGAGAUUGGGAGGGAUUCAUGCAUGAACGAUUACUUAGAGCUUAUUGAGUUAGAUGCCAGUAAUCAGAACGAGUCUUUAGGUAGAUACUGUGGCUCUACGCCUCCUCCAUCUUUAUCUAUUUCUAGCAAUCGUUUACUGAUGAAAUUUGUGUCAGAUCAAAGUAUCCGGUUACGUGGAUUCUCAGUUUCUUACACGUUUUUGGAUGAAAGUACACACUGUGGCGGAAAUUAUGUAAAAUCUCACGGAAUUAUAUACUCUCCAGGGUGGCCGAAAAAGUAUGAACCCAACAAAGAUUGUAAGUGGUUUAUCAAAGCACCAGUUGGACAGCAAAUUUUGUUAAAUAUAACAGAUUUUGAAAUAGAGCGUCCUAUUCGGAACCAAUGUGAUUUUGGUGACUAUUUGGAAGUUCGUAAUGGUAUAACAAUGACAUCACCAUUAAUUGGCAAAUACUGCGGUAGUUUUAAAUCAAAAGUUAUCAAAUCCAUGACUAAUAGCUUAAGUCUUCAUUUUCACUCUGAUUUUUAUCUUACUGGAAAAGGAUUUAAAGUUGAAUGGAAGAGUACUGCUACUGGAUGCGGCGGAACAUUAACCAGUUCAAGUGGGUCUAUAACUUCUCCCAAUUAUCCUGAAAACUAUAAUGAAAAUGCAGAAUGUUUCUAUAGAAUUGUAACCAGCCAAGGAUCUCGAAUUAGGAUCAGUUUUACAGAAUUAGAUUUGGAAAGAACUGCCUUAUGCAGAGACGAUUAUGUGGAAAUUUUUGACGGCAGAGAUGAAACUUCUUCAAGUCUUGGAAGGCACUGUAUAAUGAGCAAUAAAGUAACUAACAUUCAAACAAAAUCGAAUGCUGCAUUUAUCAAAUUUAGAUCGGAUUAUUACAAUUCAGGAAAAGGUUUCUUAAUAAAUUACGAAACCAUUUGUCAAAAUAACAUCACUGGGAUGUAUGGAAUAAUAGAAAGCCCUGACUACCCUAGCCACUACCCUGAAAGACUGAACUGCCUUUGGACAAUAAGCGUACCACAAGGCAAUAAAAUAAACAUUACUUUCACUCACUUUGAUAUUUUCUAUCGUGCUUCGUACCAUCAUUAUUAUGGAACUUCGAUGCCGAGACGCAACAGAGGAAGUAACUGCAGAGAUGACUAUCUUCAAAUAAAAGAAUCUAAUGAAGUCGACUUUAAUGGAAAAUACUGUGGACAUAUUGCGCCUGUAUUACACACCACUAGCAGUAACUCCUUACAAAUAAAGUUUGUGACAGGAAGACCCUUUUUUCCUAAAACUGGCUUCAGAUUAGAGUGGGUAAAUUACGGUUGUGGUGGGAGACUUUUCAAGAAGUAUGGUUCUCUUAAUCUAGAAAAGGAUGAAAUUUCUGAGGGGCCUACUGAGUGCCAGUGGAUUAUAGAAGGGCCUUUAGGGACAAGAAUAAACAUUAACUUUGUUACGGUUUACAUGUCUGAAACUAACAAUUGUACAGUUGAUGCAAUAGAAGUAUAUAAUGGGCAAACUGUUGACUCACCGCUUGUGUCUAAGUUUUGUCAUCAACUAGAUGCGGGUCAUACCUUCCAAUCGAGUGCUAAUUUCAUGUUAAUUAAAUUUACAAAACGCUCUACCUUGAAAGACAUCCACUUCAAGUCUAGCUAUUACAAUUAUAAAACCACUUGCGGUGGUACGAUUCGGUCUCGGUCUGGGAUGAUAUACUCUCCAAAUUAUCCCAAUAACUACGAUAAUGAUAUUAACUGCGUUUGGACUAUUACUGUUCCUCCAAACCAUCGCAUAGAGUUGAAUUUCAUUUUUCUCGAUUUAUAUUCAAUAGAUUCCGAUGAGACUGCUUCUUGUCGUGACUCUAUUAAAGUUUAUGAUGCUUUACAUUUUGAAAAUACAAAUUACAGCCAAAUUAUCUGUCCUGGCACUCGCACGAAACAAAUUAUUUCUAAGGGCAAUACCCUAGCGUUACAGUUCACCACUGAUCACUACGGGACUGCUAAGGGUUUCAAAGCCAAUUUUACUGUUACCUGCGGUGCAACUUUAACCGCACACUCAGAAGGUGUGAUUUCAAACGAUAAGUACAUAAGUCAUUCUAACAGAAGUUGCAUAUGGACUAUAAUGGCACCAAGACCCGACCAGAAAGUAACAUUGACAAUCACACACAUGUCACUUCCAAAGAAAGUUGACUCUGUUGCCAAUAGAACAUGUCCAUCAACUUACUUGAGAAUUUUAGAUGGCAUUGAUGAAAACUCUCCUUUGUACAAUGAAUACUGUGGAAGUUACACGCCGACGGUAGUUAGUCACGGUAGCGCACUUACCAUUGAGCUAGGAACGUAUGGUGAUCAAAUCACAGGACAGUUUUCCGCGCAUUAUACUGUACUAGACAAUGCAUGUGGCGGCACCUUGACAUCUGAGGAGGGAGCCAUUUCAUCGCCUAACUACCCCAACCCAUAUCCACCUAACUCAGAUUGUGUGUGGAUUUUAGGCACAUCGCCAGGAAAUAGAGUAUUCAUGCUUUUCGAAGCUUUCGAAUUAGAUCUAUCGGAAGAUUGCAACCAAGACUAUGUAGAAGUUCGUGAAAAUAAUGGAGGAGGUCCUUUACGUGGUGUGUAUUGCGGAAAUGACAUACCUACCAAUACUACUACUGGAACAAAGUUGUAUAUUAAAUUCCACAGUGAUAACAUCGGAUCUAAUCGUGGUUUUAUUAUCAAAUACGGGUUUUUACAUGGCAAUGAUAUUACAGGAAAAGAAAGAGGACAACUAGCAUCGCCGUUAUACCCAUAUGAGUAUUCAGGUGCUGGUGAAUACACUUGGCGAAUAAUUGUUCCUGAAAAUAGCAUUUUAUUAACAAUUUCACGUUUGGAAAUACACACUCAAGGUAAUGUUUGUAGUAACAGAUUAGCUAUUUAUGACGGAUAUGAUGAAGAUGCACCACUUUUAGAAAAUCUUUGUGGAAUAUUAAGAGGCAAUGAGAAAUCUACUCGAACAACAUCUAAUGUAGUUUUUAUUAAAUUAAGCUUAGACGAGUCCAACACGGGUUCGUUGUUCCUUAUCGACUGGAGUAAAACCGAUAGCAAUGAACUUGAAGUCAAUACUGACAAAGAAAUUAAUUGUGGUUCAAAUGAAACUUUGUACGUUUUACCUGGUAGCUCAACUAAUUUCAAUUCACCGCAUUAUCCAGAAAAUUAUGAUGAUAACCUUAAUUGUGAAUGGAAAUUUGUAACACCACGUGGUCGACAUUUGAAACUUAAGUUUCCAUCCUUUUCGAUUGAAGAAAGAGAAAAUUGUUAUGCAGAUUCUGUUUCCAUUUAUUCAGCUAAUAGCCCUUCACAGUGGCAGCCUUUGAAACAAAAUAUCUGCCUUAGAGAAAACACCACUGACACUUUUAAUACAUCAAUGAACAAUUAUAUGAUGGUAAAAUUUGUGACGGAUGAAUCAGUUACCGCAAAAGGUUUCCAAGGUGUAGUUACUUCAGUUUGUGGUGGAUUGAUGACUGCAUCAUCUGGUCAUGUUGAGCCAAGCUAUCGAGACUGGAUGUCGGGUAGAGGUUUUACUUUGCAAUGUGACUGGAUAGUAAAAGUAAGACCUGGACGAGUCAUAAAAUGGCAGUUUUUAUCUUUCAACAUAACAAAUGAAAAUGACUGCACAACAAAUGUGAUUGUACGUAAUGGAGAAUCAUCUGAAUCACCAUUCGCAGGCAGUGGGAAAUAUUGUGGGUAUGAACAUGAAGACAGGAGCCUUUUCACAUCUACAAGUAACUCACUACAUAUUAGUUACAGAACAACCUCAAGACAGAGACAGUUUAAAUCUUUUGUUAUUUGGUACGAAGAGCAAAAUAUAGAAUGUGGAGGUACAUCUGAACUAAGCUCUGGCCAUAGUUGGGAAAUAAUAAAUUCACCCAAUUAUCCAUCAGUACCGACACCGUAUAUGGAAUGCUCGUGGGUAUUUAAAGGACCACCGGGAGAAAUUUUAAGAAUCGAUUUUGUGGACAGGUUUGAUAUAGACAGUAGAAAUAGUGACUGUUCUACAGAGUACGUGGAAGUGCGUGACGGAUCGUCCGCACUAUCGCCAUUGAAAGGUCGUUAUUGUAUUGAAAAGCCGGGCACUAUAAAAACAAGUAGUAACUUGAUGUAUAUCAAGUAUUCUACUCAAAUAUCUGAACCUAGAAAUGGAUUCAAGGCAAAUGUUUCUGUUGACGUUUGUGGCGGGACCAUAUUGGCAAACGCGGGGGAGUUGUCGUCGCCAAGUUAUCCUCAUAUGACGUCUUUGCCCGUCGGCACUGUCUGCGUGUGGGAGAUUAUUGGUAACCCUGCUUACACAUUUAUGCUGAAAGCUCAAGACAUAAACUUACCAGACCCUGAAUCACCUUGUGGUACCAAAAUCACAAUUGAAGAAACUAUUCCCAUGAACCAUACCGUAACACUUUUGCAAACAUAUUGUAGUGAUGUAAUUUUAGAUCGUUCUAAUACAGUGACAGAAACGUUAACAAAUAAAAUAACUAUAAAGCUUCAUAUUGGAAAAUCCAGUAGCUAUUCACAAGUUUCCACACUCCGUGGUUUCCGAUUUACUUUCAAUUCGUCAGUACCCAUAUGCGGCGGUUCUAUUACUACACCGCAAGGUUUUUUGACGACACCAGGUUACCCUAGAGACACAACGCUACGAUACUGUCAUUGGCGAAUAAUGGUACCCGAUAAAAGCCGAAGAGUAACUCUAGAGUUAAUCGAUUUCGACAGAAACGCACAGAGAAUUGGAAUUUACAACGAUCUAAUAUACAGUUCGUCUAUUCUAACUCCAAGUGAUAAUUAUUCCUUGUCUUCAAACAUAUACGAAUCUAGUGGAAACACUAUAGUCCUCUAUGUGUGGUUAGUACCAUCUAUGGGUUCACAUCAUCGAUUUAAAGCAAAAUUCCACUCAGACAAUCUUGCUCUUUGUGGGGGCACUUUAAGUGGUCAAAUUGGACACCUUGAAUCACCUGAACUUGAUCGUUCAUAUACAUGUAAAUGGCAAUAUAGUAUAGAUACUUCGUCUGACGAUUACUCUAAUUCAACAAAUCCUAUAGGUAAUACGAUAGUUCUAACCGUUUCUCUCAAUUCCUCAUCAAAUAGUUUUAGAUGUCUUCGGUCGGAUCCAAAAUUAAAUAUAAUAACUAAUAUAAAUAAUGCAAACAUUCUUUUCAAUAGAAAUCUUUGUCGCAAUACUAACAUUGUCUAUAGAGUGCCAACAAAUAGGAUUGACUUUACAGCGUUAAAAGGUAAAUUCGGUUUACUUUAUUUCAACCUUGAUUGGAAAACACAGCCGUGUGGUGGGGUGAUAGAGGUUAAUGAAAACCCAGUAAAUAUAUUAAAUGUUCCUGCGAAUUAUAAUGACUCUAUAGAUUGCGCCUGGAUUAUUGCUGUUCCUAUUGGCAAAAGAGUGGAAAUAACGCUGGAGGGCACUUUCCAAUUUGAAUGUGGCGAUGAAUUUAUUACAAUUAACCAGGGCACAGACGAAAUUUCGUUAACAAUUGGAGAUUAUUGUAAAAAUAAGAACCAAGACGCUCCGCUUCAAGUCAUGUAUACAGCUUUGUAUGUUCAGUACCACUCCAAACCAAGAAAUGAAACUAAAGUAAGACUUAUCGCCAAACUAGCACAAAAUAUCUGCGGUGGACACCUACUAACUUAUGAAUCUGAAUUCACAUCACCAAACUACCCUAAAAGUUACACAGAGAACCAAGAAUGCACCUGGGAAAUAAAAACAGAUUUGGGAAGUAGAGUGUCUCUUAGAUUCUUGGGGCGCUUUGCAAUCGAAGGUCAGCCUGGUUUGUGCACAAAAGAUGCUGUUAUCAUAUAUGACUGGAAAGACAAUGCCUACACUGAAAUUGCUAGGCUCUGCGGCCGAACCCCACCUCCAACAUACAAUUCUACUUUUAACCAAAUGAAGGUAAUGCUACGAACAAAUGAAAAUAUAAACCUUGAUGGUUUCCAAGCUUCGUGGUCACGAAUCUGUGGUGGAAAAUACAAUGCAACCGAAGAAGAGCAAUAUUUAUACAGUCCUGGGUAUCCACACAAUUAUUGGUCUUCUCUAAAUUGCAACUACGAAAUAUCUGCGCCAAGUCGUAAAGUUAUAGUGAAAUUUUUAGAUUUUGAGUUGGAGGGUCCCUAUCCUGAAUGCAAUAAUGAUAAUGUAACGAUAAUUGCAGAAUCUUCAUAUGCCUACAUAUUUAAUUUGUAUUGCGGGAAUGAAAUUCCGCCAAUGAUUCAUGAAGAAAAAGUAAAUAUCAAAUUUCAAACUGACAUUUUUAUUUCAAGAAGAGGCUUUAAGUUGUCAUACUGGGUGGUUCCAUGUGGAGGUGAAAUAACAUCUCCCACGGUCAUUUCUUCAGGUCCAACUGCUUAUUACGAGACCAAUUUGAAUUGUUCGUGGAAAAUAACCGCACCGAAAAACAAAAUCAUUGUUUUAGAUUUUAAAAUGUUUGAUUUAGAGAAUAAUGAAGAGUGCUACAACGAUUAUGUAGCAGUUUAUAACGGCUUAGAGACCGAUGAUAGUAAACGUUUAGCUCUCUUGUGCGGACACUUAACUUCGAAUGAUUCCAGCUUAGUUAUUAAAAGUUCAAAUAAUACUAUGCUCUUGGAAUUUAUAACAGAUAGCAGUGUUACCGGAAAAGGAUUCAAAGCUGAUGUAUCCUUUACAUACUCAGAAUCGGUAGGUUGUGGUGGUCAUAUUGAUUUGACAUCAUCCACUGUCUUAAAAUCACCUUUUAUCAAUUCUCUAUUUGUUUACGAAAAUUUCCUAGAUUGUGUCUGGACAGUAGUCGCCCCAGUUGAUCGUAUCAUCAAAGUCCAUUUCACAUCAUUCCAUAUAGCUCCCUGUGAAGGUGUAAAUCAAACUGCCAUAGGAUAUAAUAAUUGCGAUUGUGAUUUUGUUGAAAUUAAAGAUGGCAUCAAUCCGGAAAGUGCUAUAAUUAACAAAUACUGUGGCUACAACCUGCCAGCAGACAUAGUGACUUCGGGGAACACGUUGAGCGUGAGACUACAUACUGAUGGAGAAAUAUCUAGCACAGGGUUUGAGGCAUCGCUUAGUGUUUUACAAUCAAUUUGCGGUCAAUCGAAUUAUAACGUCACUGAAAAAGCUGUUACAAUUCGAUCUCCAGGCUAUGAACAAGGGUCGGUACCCCGCGGUGUGAACUGUGUUUAUAACCUUCAAGUUCCUAAUCAAAUUUACCAAACUAUACUUCUUCGGAUCAAGGGAUUAGACCUUCAACCAGGUGUGAUGGAUGCGAACCAAUGCGAUCGAGAUAAACUGAUUAUAUCUGAAACAAAAAACGCAAGAAAUCUUUCCCUUGGAAAAGAUUAUUUGUUGAAUAGUGAUACCGCGUACUAUUUCGACACAGCAUAUCUAUUCGAUUCGACUACCACUCCAACAAAACACACGUAUUGUGGAAAACAGAAAAUCAUAGAGUUUUAUAUGACAGGACGAGUAACCAUCACCCUGCAAACAUAUCCAGAGUCUGAUUCAUACAGCCAUAAAGGAUUUGAAAUAGAAGCCUUACAAAGCGGUUACUGUAGUGAAAACUAUACCGAACCUUAUGGUAGAGUGAGAUCUAAUGACGAUAAUUAUUAUAUUAGUGACAACCGGAAAGAUUGUUACACAUUAAUCACGGCUCCUGAAAAUCGUACAGUAUCUGUAUACUUUUUAAGAUAUGGUCCAACGUACUGGAACGAUGAUAUGUACUUAGAAAUCCACGACGGUAAUAGUACAUCAGCGAAAUCUUUGAAGAAAUUGGAUACUAAUUUCAAUGACAUAUUGGCUGCGUUUUCUACUGGGAGAUAUAUGUUAAUACACAACCACGUGGCGGAUAACGGUUAUUUCAGUUAUGAUCUAACGUACGUAACCACUGAUAAAGGACCAGGAUGCGGUGGGAGCUUGCACAGUGAUGUAGGAAGAAUCACGAGUCCAUUUUACCCUAAUAUAUAUCGGCAGAAGGCGACUUGUGAGUGGGAAUUGGAGACGCCGCCGCAGUCACGUCUCCAUCUGCGCUUUAGUGUGUUCGAUCUGAGCGCAGUGUGCGAUCAGGUGUACCUGCAAUUGGUCGACAGGAAGGGCCGGGUCAUCUCCUCAUACUGCACCGAGACCCCGGCUGACUACACCAGCGAGGACAAUUAUGUCAAAAUAGUAUUUGUUACCACUAUGAACAAUGGUGGCACUGGUUGGGUUGCAGAGUUUAUAGCUACGACGCAUUAGUUGGAUUC